AUGUCCACUGCUGAACUUGCUCAAGCUGCUCAACAGGCCCAUACCCUCACUCCCGGAUUCUUGGAGGAUGUUAGGGUGGCCACCUCCACGCUUUUGAACUUUUACAACUGUCACAGGGAAGGUCUUCUGGCCCACCAACGGACGGUGGAAGAGGAUGCAUACGGGAAAGCUGAACGAUUUGUAUGUUUGCUCAUCGACAAGAAUAUGUGGUAUAACGCGGCCCAGUGGCUCAACCACCCUUGGAUUUUGGCGUACACGGAAAUGGCCCAAGCAGGACCAUCAGUUGAUUGGACCAAAAUGUUCUUGAUCCCACAACCCACCACCCCUACCUUCUUUAUGGAAGUGUUUAAAAGUCCGGUCUGGUCCGGUCUUUUGGUGCCCAGUGCCUUAGACCAUAACCGUAACCGGUCCUUCCAAUUCAAGAAACUUCAAAAAACCGGACCGAACCACAACAGACCAGUCUUUUGUGGUCUUUUGCGGUUACAAGACCGGUUUUAA